CGCGGCCCGUCCGUCCGUAACGUUGUUUUUGCGCCGUGCGCUCCGACCAAAAUCCAUCACAUCAUAAAUUAAAAGUACAUUUAUUUAUUAUAUUUUAAUAAAAAUAUAAAUUAAAUUAAAUUUUGACAUUUAUUGUGUACCGUCAGUUGUUUUAGUGGUUUUUGUUCACGAAUCCGGUAAUAUAGUAACAUAACUUAACAACAACAAUAAUAAUAGUGUAGUAUUAAUAUAUGUAAUUGUAAAAUAGUAUAACAAUUAAUAUCUGACGUAUAAAUAUUAUAUAUAUUUUUUAAUAGUUUUUUUGAAAAUUAGUUUUUUGUCAUCUAAUUAAGUGACGUUGUUUGCAUUUUGUGAUAAUCGCUUUUUAGAGCGGCUCAGUAUAACUUCGUCGCCAUCGUCGGAAUAAAAACAUAUAUUUUUUCUAAAAAAUAAAAGUAACGCCGAUUAAUAAUUUUUGUUUCGUGCUGCCGUCGUCUUCGAUUGUGUGUAUGUAAAGGUACUACCUUGGUGUAUAAAUAUUACACGGCCAACAUUUGAACCCGGUGCACUCCGUAGUUAUGACUCCGAACGACAUGGACCAGAGUCAACAGCAGGCCAACCAGGGUAACACUCAAGAUUACAACGGUUACGCGUUCGGUCAACCGAGUUCUCAAUUCCAACCGAGACAACCGGCCGUUCAGAGUGCCAAUAAGAUCGUAAUCAGCAACGUGCCAAGCAGCGUUCGAUUCGAACAGUUGGAUCAGAUACUGUUGCAGUUCGGUCAAGUCAAAGACAUCGAAAAGCUCAGCCAACGCGAUGGACCAACACAGGUCAUACAGAUCACAUUCGAAUCCACCGAACAAGCACACAAUGCAUUAGCUAAUUUGCCAGGUUUAGAGCUUGAGGGUUGCCAGGUUAAAGUUGAACCAGCCAUGGAAAGGAGAAAUCGUAGUGCGAUAAGACAAAGGACCUAUGGCGCCCCUGGCGCUACUCCUACUAUUGGGAAUAGGCAAACAGAGUUUCCUUUACGCAUACUAGUGCACAGCGAUAUGGUUGGUGCUAUUAUUGGCCGUGGUGGUUCUACAAUUCGACAAAUAACACAACAGACAAGAGCCAGAGUGGAUGUUCAUAGAAAAGAUAAUGUUGGAUCCUUGGAAAAAGCUAUAACCAUCUAUGGUAAUCCAGAAAAUUGCACUAACGCAUGUCGCAAAAUUUUGGAAGUUAUGCAACAAGAAGCGACUAACACUAAUAAAAGUGAUGUGAUACUGAAAAUCUUGGCUCAUAAUAAUCUGAUUGGUAGAAUAAUCGGAAAGGAGGGUAAUACGAUCAAGAGAAUUAUGUCUGAAACUGAAACAAAAAUUACUGUAUCUAGCAUAAAUGACAUCAACAGCUUCAACUACGAAAGGAUAAUUACUGUCAAAGGCUCAAUAGAGAAUAUGUCUAAAGCAGAGGCUCAAAUUAGCGCUAAGCUCAGACAAAGUUUUGAAAAUGAUCUACAAUCUAUGGCUCCUCAAACUGUUAUGUUCCCUGGACUUCAUCCAAUGGCAAUGAUGUCAGCAACAGGUAUAACUUAUCCAGGCCGCGGUGGUCCAACUAGUUAUCAACAAUUUGCACCAGCACCAUAUCCUCCCAUGUAUCCAUCUACCAUUCCACCAAUUAAUCCAGCUUUGGCUGCAGAUGUUCAGGAAACAGCAUUUUUGUUUAUACCAAACAGUGCCGUUGGUGCUAUAAUUGGUACUAAGGGUUCCAAUAUCCGUAGUAUGAUUAGAUUUAGUGGUGCAUCAGUCAAAGUUGCAUCAACAGAAAAUGAAAAACAAGGAGCAACGGGUAGCAGCACAGGUGACGCAAACAGCGCACAACAAGCUAGCCGAAAAGUGACAAUUGUUGGUACAGCUGAUUCUCAGUGGAAGGCUCAAGGUAUGAUAUUUGACAAGUUGCGGGAUGAAGGUUUUGUACCAAAUAAUGAAGAAGUUAGAUUGACAGUAGAAAUAUUGGUGCCUAGUAGCCAAGUUGGUCGCAUAAUAGGCCGUGGAGGAUCAAAUGUUAGAGAAUUGCAAAGAGUUACUGGAUCUAUAAUUAAACUGCCAACACAAGGAUCAACUGAUGGCACAGAAGAUACUACCACUGUACACAUUAUUGGUCACUUUUUGGCUACGCAAUCGGCUCAAAGAAGAAUUCGUUCAAUGGUUGCAUCUGGAGCAAAUCCGGUGCCACGUCCACAACAACGCAACAGCAGACCCACAGAAACACCACAACAGUGAGUCGAUGACAGUUACCAUUAGUUCCUGGCAAAUAUAUCUCCUCCACCGGCGUUAAAUAUUUCUACAUAACAAAUAAUGAUAUUCAUACUAUACAUUAUUGUUGUCGGUUUAUUUGCUACAGGAAUUAAUGGCUGUCUUUCCUCACAACAAAUUAAGAGCUACUGUUGACCUUAUAGGUCAAAAGGAGGGGAUGUGACUGAUUGCGUGACCAAGAGUACAAACGAUUGUUAGGGUAUAGAUAGAGACGAUUUUUGCCUCUAUCUACCUUUCACAAUCGGCUCUUUUUAUACAUGAUUAAAGUUAGGGAUUUUUUUUUUUUAAUUAAAAAGAGGGAGACAAAAUUUUGAAAAAAAAAUACCUUUUUUUCCUUAAAUUUAUUUUUGAUAAAUUGUUAAAAGUUAUUUAAUUUUUAAUUUAUUAAUUUUUUUUUUGUUAAUUUUUUUUUAUAUUUAAAAAGUAUAUAUUAUAUAUAUAUUUAUAUAUUUAUAAAAAUUUUAUAAAAAAAAAAAAUAACUAUGGUAGGAUGUAGCUCUCCCUUCCCAGGAGGGUUACAUAGAAAAUGGAGAUACAAAAUUUCAAACUAAGUUACAACACCCCUCAAAAUUAAAAACAAAAUAAAACAUUUUUUGCUAUUUCUAAAUAACAUCUUCUCUCCCAUAAAAAUAAAUUAAACGCAAUCUAUUAUUACCUUUUUUUUUUUUUUGCUCUUUUACUAGGUUGAAACAUUGACCUGGCUACAAAUUUAGCGAUAAUCCAUCCAUCCCCCACUUACAUAAAUUAAACAAUGCCACAGUAGCAUUUCUAAAUGGACUAGUAGGAGGUCUAGUCCAUAAAAUAAUUGUUAUACUAUAUUUAAUUAUAAAUAAUAAUAUUAAAAAUAUAUAUUGUUGACAUGUAACAAUUUUGUCUCCAGCAUCUUGUUCUAGACUUACAUACUGAAUAAUCAACACAUACUCAAUUUAUUAUGGGCAUUAUAUAAUUAUGAAAUUAUAAUUCAAAAUAACUGUCUGUGACUUAAAACAUUGUGAUUCACAUCAAUAGAAUAUUUUUUUGUAAUUUAUACACUACACAAUAGUUUAUAUACAGUUUUAUUGUUAUAUUUAAAUUUAAUAAUAUAUUUUUAGAACAAGAACGCUCUGACCAAGCAACCCCAAGCUUUACGAAGCGCUUAACCAAAGAUUCAUUAUACAUAGUUCGGUUACUGGGGGAAAUAUAAACAAUUAUUGACUAAAAUUUAUUCGGUUUUAAAAAUGUCGUGAAACACUAAUUAUUAUUAUUAAAGCAACUUCAUGGGCAUUUAAAUAAGUAAUAUAAAAAAAAAAAUUUACAAAAUAAUUGAAAGUUAAUCGAUUAUUAAACAUUAUUAUUACUAUUAUAGGAUAGAUAUCUGUAGAUUCGUGGGCACAUUUCCUCCCGUAUCUAUUUUUUUUCGUUUUAAAUUUAUAAUAAUUAUACAUUCAUUUUGUAUUUGUAAUAGUAGUUAAAUCCGUACAGGCGGCCGUUUAUAUCUUGAACCAUUACCGAUGUUGUCAUAUUAUAUAUCAACAAAUGUAUAUUAGUUAUAGUAGAAAUUAAAACGGCUGAUUGAUAUGAUAACACAUUUUAUAUUAAUUGUACAAAAAUGUAAAUGGGGUUUUUAUUUAUUACUGCUGGAUAUCCACCAAUCCCUAUUUACAAUAAUUAUACAUGUUUUACAACUUAAAGAAAAAAUAAAAAAAAAAAUGGACUAUUCAAUAUUUAUGUGUAUUUUAGAACUAUAAUAUAAACCAUUUAUUAUUUAAUUUUUUUUUUGGCAAUUUAAAAUUGUGAAAAUAACGUCAUAUUUAUUUUACAUUUAACUAAAAAUUGAUAUUACAAGAUAAUGAAAAUAACUUUAUUGUGCUUGUCUUUAGUUUUUAUUCUUAUUAUUUAUUAUUAUUAUUAUAUCUUUGAGUGCUUCAUUUUUAUAGUUAAUCUCAUUUUUGGGCUUUAUUUUUUCUUGGACAAAAUAAUCACUUUAUAAUUAUGACAUGAACGCAUAUACAAUUUUUUUUUAUUAUGUCUAAUAUUUAUUUUUAAAGCUUGUUGUAAUAGUUAUUUUAUUAGAAUUAUAUAAAAAAAAACUAAUACAAGCUCAUGAUAAGAAUACCUAAUUUUAUUUUUUAAUAAUUUAUCCAUAUACUUGUGUCGAUUUUAAUUUAAAGAAAAAUACUUUUUACACAAAUAUAAUUAUUGUUUCUCUUUAAAACAACUAUGGCAUAUAAUUUAAACUACACACGUUGACUUAUGUGGAAUCGGUUGUUGCAUAAAGUUCUGUUUGAAUAAUUAUCGGCUCUAACAAAUUUUGAGGCGUUCAAGUCAUUAGAUAAAAAAAAAAAAACAAGGAAAAAAAUAUAAUAUGUUUAUGUAUGUAUUUAGAUCACCCAUAAGCCGUAAAUAAAAUAACACAAAAAUUAGCAUUAUAAUAUUAAUAGAAUAAUUGUACGCUUUAUAUUUUUUUCUUAAAAAAAAAUUAAAUUUUUAUUUCAAAACUUAUCAUAGAAUAGUUUGGUGAAAGGGUUAGUAAAAAAAAUUAAAUAAACGAAUAAUAAUAAUUAAAAUAUAAAUAAUGAUUUAUAAACUAUAUUUCCAUAACACCACUGGUAGGUAAGCCGACUGUAAAAAAAAUUUAAAUAAAAAUAAGAAAUAUAUAUAAUAUUUAAAAAAAAAAGUAAAAAUAAAGUAAGACCGAGAAAGAGCUAAGUAAAACGCAGGGAAAAAAACCACGACAGCCUCACCCGGACACAACAGGAGUAUAUAUUAUUUUGAUAUUUUUUAUUAUUGGGGGGGGGGAUGUUAGGCGAUAAGAUAUGCAGUUUUUUUUCUACAAUCUGUCCAUCAGCCGUUGAGUGCAUUUUUUCCAAUGAAUCCAAUGUAUCGUUUGUAAUAGAAUUAUAAUAUCUGUGUAUGCAUGCAGUCAGGACUAAGAUAAUUAUUUACGUACGUUGCAUUUUGUAUGAAUUAUUAUUAUUAUAUAUAUAUGUGUCGGAGAUAUUAUUAUGUAUUCGGUUAUCUUGUUCUUGUUUAAUUUUGACGACGUUUCGCGCGCUGUUAUUUGUUUUGUAUACAAACGUGCAUUUUAUUAAUAUGUGUAUAAGUGUCCAGUGUUUGUGAACGCUGUGUUACAGUCUCCUUUUUCUACCAUGGGAAAAAAAUUAAAUUAUUCUAGUUAUAAAAAAUUUUAAAAAAUAAAAUAAUAAUCGUAUAUAUGUAUGUAUGUAUAUGUAUAAUAUAUAUAUUAUAUAUA